GUGAAUGUGUCAAUGGCGCCAUCUGGUGGCGUUAAUCCGCAUGCACAGCCACAGCACAACAUUGAGCAGCAAUCUGCCAGAGUCUGAUCACAUCUGGGGGUGGUGUGUGUGUGUGUGUGUGUGUGUGUGUGUGUGUGUGUGUGUGUGUGUCCAUGAAAACACACACGCAGUGAAAUAGAGAGGGUGAGCUGUGAUGAAUUGAGACAGAGGGAGGAGGAGGGAUCAGCUGUAUUGACAAAUAAGAACCAGCAGUUGUUUUUAUGAUGCAGUAAUUUGGCCUAUAUUUCUCUCUCAUAGCUGGUGUCUUCAUGUGUGAUGCAUCGACAUGCACAGAUGAAGACAAAGUGUGGAUGUUUCAUUCACACUGAAGCCCAUUAAGAUUUGUUUAUUUUGUUUGUCGGGAGUCGGUGCGUGUGCGUGUGUGAUCUGCACUUACGCAACAGAGAGCUUCAGUCGGUUAGCGAUGCAAGAACGAAAUUAAAGCUGGCAUUUUUUUUAUUCCAUUUUUGUCUAAUCCCACUGAUUUCUGAAGGGAUUACCGGACCAAUCAUGACAGAGAGGCCGCUGACACAGUCUGGACUGGGAGCUGCUGUGUAGACGGUGGAAGAGUGGAAGCUGCACAGCACAGGACGAUGAUUUGGAGCAACACUGAAACAUGUUAUCUGGUGUCCUCCUUUGAUUUUGUUUUUUUUUUAGCCGGAGGGGAAAGUUGCUCUGUCUUCUUGCUUAUAUGAGCGACCAACCUGAGGAUGCACGCUGCAGGUUUUAGGAAUGGACUGCAACUUGCAUGUGUGCACUUGCACAUGAAUUUAUGUUCAACUUUGGCAUGAUGCUCAACGCUGCGAUUUUGUUUUAAAGGACAUCAUCUUUGCUCAAUCUCCAGGAUCUUUCUGGACUUUCUGUGCAUGAACAGCCAAUGGAGGAAGAAAAAGUGGUUGACAAUAUCCAAGCACGAUCCAGUUCCCCUGUACCCGUUGGGGUUCCUAUUAACUGGGGACUCAUCACUGGCCCUGUUCAGCCCCCAGUACCCUCUCUGAGCACCCAGCUUCUUCCUCCUCCUCAGAGUUCAGCUGUGCACACACUACAGACCAAGGUAAAGACAAUCACACAGAGAAGGACACGAGGGAAAGACAAAGAGAAAGAAAGAGAAAGGUUGGACACAGAGGUCUCGGAGAGCAGUCCAGUUGGACAGAUUCCAUCCGAAGUCCUUCUCAGACAGAGGCCCAGGGGAAAGGGUCAGGUAUCUCUGCCUGCCAUCUCCUGGAGAUCAGGCGCUGCAAAAGUCUUGAGCAGUAGUGAUGAAGAGGAGGAGGUAGAAGUGCAGGUGAGGUUGGACAUUCACAACCCUCCAGCUGAAGUACGAGGAAAGCAGAUAAGAGAGGAAACUGAAAAGGAAAGGUCAGAAAGAAAUGAGGCCCACCUAUGUGGGCUCACGGGGGGCACAAGUCUGGAGAGUCUUCUGUCUGAUAUCUCAAGCAGCAGUAAGGAUGAACCAUCACCUCCGCCUCCACUACCUGUGCUCUUAUGCUGUCCCAUCACCACCACCUCUGCUUCUACAACCUCCAAUUCCUCCUCAACAUCUUCCACAUCAACCAGACACUGGGCACCACCCAAGGGCUUCUGGAGAGUGGCACGCCCUGAAACAUUGCUUCUAAAUGGCAUCAGCCCAAACAAUGUACCAUCCACUUUACCUUUGAAGGACUACACUCAGAUAGAAGUACCGACAGAGCCUCAAAGGAAGUCCAAACCAACGGAAACAGGCGGCAAGAGCGAUGUGGUGGAUGACAGUGACACAUCCUCAGAGUUCAAACACUCAGACAGCUUGGAGUGUUACCUGGACAGAUGUGAGCAGAAAGAGGCAGACAGCAAAGGACUGUGCAGUUCAGACAGCUGGGAGAGCAUGUCUUCACAAAGUGGGGUGCUCUCCAACGACGACAAACUAAAGGUGAAGCAGAGGGCUUACGUAAAGUUACAGGAACGACAGCCCAACUGCAGGGAGGAGAGAGAGCAGAGUGGAGGAGAAAGUGACGACACGACAUACAGGGCAGAUAGUAAAGGUGCCCAUGGGGGGUCGGACAGCUCAGACCCAACCAUUCUCACUCAGGAACUUGAACCCUAUCUGAGGUCACUUCUUGUAAUCAGUGAUGAUCUUCCCCUGAGCCCAAGACAUGAACAAGCCAAGCUUCUCCUGGAGCGAGCACGACUCAAGGCUCGCUCCAAUCACAUUAAAGGCGAUCGCCCCAGCAGACGCUCCCAUUCUGAUCAAAGAUCCACCGUAAAGAAACAGCAAGUUGAGUCUCCCCAUUCGUCGCCAGUACAUAAAGCUGUUCAAACCAAAGAAGAUCUUACAGCUCAAACUGUAUAUGGCUCCCUCCUUGUCCCCAACAAAAUAGACACUUCCCCUGGUGACCAUGGUAGUCGAUCCAAACGGUAUGGUUGUUCACCCACACGGGUACGCUUUGAGGAUGAAUCAGAGAAAGAAGCAGAGUCCCGGUACUUGGAUAGAGUGAAACAACGUGGCAGGCCUGGGAUGCCCAAGACCAAAAGUAAAGGAAGUAAUACAGAUUCAAGCAGUAGUGGUUCAGAGAAGGGCAAAAGCCAUAGAAGUGUCUCCAUGCCACCUUCACAGAAGCAAGAAGAUGUGGUUGUCCGCGGUGAACCCACAACAGUGAUUAGAGAGAUAAUAGUGCUGGUGAAAAAAUGUGAGGCAUGUGGAUCUGUAGUCAGGGAACCUCAGCCUGCCUCUUCAUCAUCAGAUCUACAGAACACUGAGCCACAGCAUCCGGGCAACCCUGAGGACGUGAGAGACUCGGUGCCUCCAAACAAGCCAGAGGCAAGUACUCGUCCCAAAGCUCCUCUAACUGUCACUUUUGCUGGCGCUUUUGUGCUGGGAAAAAAUAAACAGAGUAGAACAGGGUGGAAAUCAUCAGGGUUUGGGAAACUUAGGAGAAGGAGCAGGAAAGGAGAGAGUCGACUUGAGUCUGGCCAUGGCCCUUACGGUCCAUCAUGGGCUCACCGGCGUAACUCAAACAGGGUUAACCUGAGCAGAGCUGUAUCCUUCGCCCCAGGUAGCCCCAUCAAUCUAGAGCCACGUUUGCUGGAGGCUUCUGGUGGACUGAAGGAAUCACCUGCCCCAGCGCUGCCUAUUAAGUCAGCCCUAAAGUCAAGUUCAAGAAAUCGCUCUGCUGCAGGUCAGUCCACAGUUCAGUUCCAGAUUACUUCAAAUCAGGGAGGUGAAGGAGGAUCACAGCACUCUGCACUCCUGGAGUCUCCUGAGGCAAGAAGGGAGUCUCCAGUUACUUUAAUCCAAGGAACCCCUGCAACAAGCAGCCCGGUGCCCUGUAUCAGGCCCUCAACCCUGAGGUACUCCCCAGCCCGGCACAACUCGGACCUGCCAGCUGCUGAAAUCUGGGAUGCCACUCCAGAUGGACAAGGUCUGAGUGGGGACCUUGGCUCUGUUCCCGAGUGUCGUCCUGCUCUUCGUGGCCUCGGUAUGUCUCGGGCUGAAGACCUCAGAGCAGAGCUAUUGAGAGCAGAACAUCUGAAAGCUGAGGCCCUAUGGGAGGAAAACUCUGACGGGUCCAGAAAACUGGAUGGACGGCCAAAGCUCUUCUUGCGUCGCUUCUUUUCCUCCAUUGGUUUGAACAGUGUUGGCAGACUAGUGAAAGGGGGCAGAUCCAGCAGUAUGGAGCAGCUCAGUAUACCCACUGCCUCCAGGAUCAGCUCUACUUCCUCAAGUCCCACACGCAGGCCACAACCUACCAUUCAGAGGACACCCUCACUGCAAACCCUGAACACGGUGCUGCCACUGGCCCAAUUGCGCAAAGCCUCCUCUGUGCAGAGUUUAGAGAGAAGAACAGAGCAUUCAACAAUACUGGGAGAGGUGCAGAUACCAUACGGCCUGGCACCCAGCCCCGGUAGCCCUCAGCUGGAACUUCACAGGGCUCUGAGUGAAGAUAUACUUACCUCUAGAAUUGCUCGUCCGGUGGGCCGGGUCACACACGCUUUCCCUGAUGGGACCCUCCUCCUGGAGCUCGUUAGACCCCCAAACGGUCCCUUUGGUUUCGUCAUCUCAAGGGGCAAAGGUCGACCAGAUACAGGCGUAUAUGUAGAGAAAGUGGGUGAAGCAGGUGGUGAAGGCCCCUAUGUAGGUCUCCUUGGCAUUGGUGAUGAAAUUCUGCAGGUGAAUGGAGAGGCAGUGGCUGGUCUCAGUCUGGAGCAGGUGACGCGGCUAAUGACCCGGGAAAGCACCGCUUCUCUUCGGAUCAUGCCAGCAAGACGUAUCCAGCGCUGACUGUGAAGAAAGGCAUGAAACAGACGCGUUUUUGGAUUAUAAUUCACCACUGCCAUUCAACUGUUGAUGGACUGUAACCUGUGGUAGAUGUGAGAUAGUCAGUUUAUAUUUCACCAUGCAUAUGGUGACAGGGUUAGAGGUUCAUUUCUCUUUAGUGCACACCCAUGGUAAACAAUAUGACAGAGCAAGGGACUCGGAGUACAACUCCAAAUCAAUAAACCAAAAACCAAAUAAUAAAUAUGAAGCCAAACAAAUCCAGCAGUAGAGAGGACUACACUAGCUAGAAACUGGAUGUCAUAUGUUGUUUAAGACUAGAAAUACUGAUUCAAAUCCAGCAUGACUGCAUAUGUUUAUUUUUUAUGGUCACAUUUGGAUGAAUAGGGAUAUUUUCAAUCAUGAAGUAACUGAAUUUAGUCCUGUCUUAAAAACAACUUGUAUUUUAUUUUGAGUUUAUUAAUUGUUGUGACAAUCAAAACAACUUUUCUCACGUAUUAAUUGUGAUUUAGUUUGUUUGUUUUGCACCAGCACCUAAAUAUUUAAUGAAUGGAACCAUAUUUUGUCACAUAUUUAAAAUGUUAUCUAUUGCCAUUCAUCUCGUCGAUUAUUUCAGAUGCCAUCUUGGCCCGUUAUACCAUCAAACUAAAGAGCUAUCUACACAAGCACAAAAAGCAUUUAUUAUUAUUAAAAAGAAGAAUCCAUUGAAUUACAAUGGAUUAAUUACUUGUUCUAUGAAUCCCAUUUUCCUGGUGGAGGAUCCCUUCAUUUUACUUGUGCUGUGUCACCUAUUGCCCCAUGAGAUUGAUACUGGUUUGCUUCUAAAUAAAAAAUGUUUCUUAUUUUGUCAAACU